ACUUAUCACCAGUUUUUAGAACUGCGCGCUCCUUUCAAUAGUUGAAAAUUAAUUGAGGGACGGUUCGGCGUCUACGUAAGAGGAAUGGCCUCUGACAGAAACCCCAGGGAAAGGAUUGUAUUUAAAGCUUCACCAGGCACAUUUAGCGACAAUCAAAUCGACUUUAUAGACUUCAAAGAACUAGUAUAUCAUUAUGCUGAGAAGACACAUACGCACGGACCGGCUUAUUUUGUUUCAGCUCGAGGCAAAUUGACAAGUUACUUUUGGUCCUUGUGUUUUGCUGCAUCUAAUUUUAGAAGAUACAAUCACCAUCUUUAUAAAAACUGUUAUCUUUACAACGAGUUUGGACUGCUGGAAGCCAACUCUAUGAUAGAGGAUACAGGCUUAAAGUUUCUUGUCAAUAGUCCCAUUAUCAGAUUAGAAAUUCAUGAAGAAACCCAAUCACCUUUGCCGGAAAUCGACGGUAUCUACAUAACGCCAGCCACUAUUAAUCACGUAGGAAUACGGAGGAUGGAAUGGAUCGAUAAUCCACAAUCGUACAGCAAUUGUGAAUAUUUAACAAAGAAACAAAUGAAGAAACGUGAUUAUUUUGCUUUUAAAUGGAGCAAGGGAAUGACUGAAUUACCAUUUUAUACUCGACAAACUUGCAUCUACAGUCUCUUUCAAAGAAUUGUUGAAUUUAAUUGCAAUUGCAACUAUUACGAAUAUCUUAAUAAUUCUCUUCUAGAAUCUUGUAAUAAUUCUUCAAUAUUCAAAAGUUGUAUUGAUAGUUCCAAAAGGCAAUUAGAGCAAAUUAAUAGGGACAAAUUAAAUCGAAUUUGUCCAGAUGUUUGUCAUCGUAUUAAAUAUAAUACUAGAGUUACAACUUUACCGUUUAGAGAGGAUAUAAAUCAAACGGAAGUUAACGUUUUUUACUCAACUAUGAUAACUGAAAAAUAUAGAAAUGAAGCGAAGGGAGAUCUUUAUACAACAGCUGCUAACAUUGGCGGGAUUCUAAGCGUUUUAGCUGGUAUAUCGAUUAUGAGCAUAUUGGAGGGAUUUAACUUUAUUAUCGACGCUAUUAGGUACUCUAUGGCUAAACUAUGCAAAUCGUCAACAGACAGGCCAGUUUAUCAUUCCUCAAAAACAGGUUUUCUACUAUUAACAUCGACCGUAUCUGCUGUAAAUUUAGGCUGGGAAAAAUCUGAGGACAGCGUGCGCGAAGGUGAAGAUUAUGUAAUCAAUUGUGUUCUACCGGCUACAGAGUCAGUGAGAAUUAUUGAAAAAUCAAGAGCCGCUCUCUAUCUCGUCGGUACUCCUGGUCUUGUAGAUAAAAACAAUAGAUAUGCAAAAACAACAGAUUCCGAGACUGACGGUCGUACAAUUAUUAAAUUCCAUUUAAGCAGGGCACAAGGCUCAGACAGCGGAGUUUAUAAAUGCAGUUGCACUUCGGAACAUUGCAAAGAGACUGUUUAUAACUUUACCCUAAACGUCUUAGUAUUACCUCGGAAAGUUGAAUUCAGAUCGUACGCUCCCUUUUCCAACAACAUAGUAUCCAACAAGAACGGAAGUGUUGUUACGCUCAACGAAGUAAACCGAAAGUUUCUAAGUUGCCUUGUUAUUGUUCAAGGUUCUAAAGUUAAGCCAAAAGUUACUAUUUCAAGAGAUAAGGAAGUGAGUGGAGAAAAGAAUGUAGACGUUACAAGCGAUUUUGGACUUUCGAUUAAAUCUUCUGAGGAGUCAGAUCUAAACUUCAAUAUGUCUUAUACAUUAAAGAGUAAUAGCGUGGCUAUUGAAUAUAACAACGCCAAACUAACUUGUUCAGCUCAAGUACCAGAAACUAAAAAAAUCUCUACAGAGGUUAAAGUUGUUAUUGAAUAUUCUCCAAAAUUAAAUUGCGAAGCUGUGGAAUUUAGGAGAAGAGUUGGAGAUAAAUUUAAGAUAGUAUGUAAAGUGAGAUCUAAUCCGAAAGCAGAUGUUUCUCUUACAUUACCUAAAGGUGGUAAUUUAAAAAAUUCACCUGAUUUCGGACUGAAACUCUACGAGGAGAAAAACAAAUACGACGACGAACGAGAAAUCAAUAUUCUAAUAUCUAAGGUUGCUGCUGAUAAACACUAUGGGAAAUAUACAAUUAAAGCUGAAAAUAAAUUCGGAAAGGCGGAUUAUGAUUUCAAAUUAAUUAAAACGCAAGAAUAUAAGAGCUUAGUGGGUGGUAACUGGGGAGGGAAACUUGAAACUUCUAUGUCAACGACGCUACUAAUUCUACUUCUAGUAUUUGUUCUUUUAAGAAAUUAG